AAACGCUACAGUGCCGUGUGGAAAGGCGUGAAAGUGCCGCGCACUGUCGCCACUCGCACGUAUUUCAUAUGUAAUCUCAUCGAAAUUCAUUGUCGACAGUCGAUGGGCCGGAUCCUCACUUGUUGCGUGUUUUUUCAUGCGACGCUUAUUUGCUUCACGGUUCGGAAAAAUUGAGUCGUAUUGAAUUACCUCCGAAAUACAUUUGGCGGUAUUCGAAAAUUGUGAAUCUAGUUUUUAAAACAGUUCCAAUUCGAUUUUCGUGUUGAAUUUCUAGAUAAACGAACGGUGGCGCCCCCUGUCGUGUGUCCGCGAACUGGGGACGGAAACGUAGACUCGAAAGUAGACGUGUGUAAAACGGCAUGAAGAAAAACGUCAAAUAUGGAGUAAAUGUGAAGUUUAAGUGAGCCCGUGUGUAAAAUGAGUGCGUACAAGAUGUGUGCCAGGGUGUGGGUGCGAUAAAAGUGGCCGCGUCCGCAUCGUGGACUUUGUAAACAAACUCGAUCAGCGUUGCCGUGCAAGAUGGCUGGAUUUUAAGGACUUCUUUGUCCGUAUGUCAGUAUGAAAGUUGAGCUGUUUGCCCAAGAAGGAAGGAUUGAGAGGGAAUGCAUGACAUGUUCAUCCAAUCCCAGCAGUUGGUCACGACGAAUAGCAGCAACAACGGACAAGUGCAACAGCUCCAUCAACAGCAACACAGCCACCAUCAACUCCAUCACCAGCAGCAUCAGCAGAAGAAGCGGAAGGUCGAGUCGAUCGCGAACCACAAUAGCACGUCGACGGGCGUCAUCGGUGCGGAGUGUCCCGGCGGCGGCAGCAACAGCAGCAACGGUGUCGAUCAGCAGCUGGUCGACGCGGUGUUCGCAGUGACCGGCGGUGGACAGUUCGCGAGGGCCGGCUUGACCAGCCAUGCCCCUGGCGCCAGUCCGGGCGUCAACAGUCAGCACCAGCAGCCGUUCGUUCGCGCCUCCACUAUCAAGCUGCUAGACACGUACCAGCGCUGCGGCCAAAAGCGUAAAUCAACGUGGUCGCCGGAAGGUAAUGGUGAUAGUUGCGGCGGCGAUCUGGUCACACGGACAGCCGCGUCAACGAACAACGCCAACCAGCAACAGCAACACAGCACGUCGAUCAGUUUCGGUCCGUCGAACGGUCAGCAGCAACAGCAGCAGCAGCAACAGAGUGCGACCGGUGGCGUCACCGCGUCCGCGCAGACCAUCCCAUCGACGACCAAUCUCAGCGGAGGCCUCGAAUUGGGCGGGGGCGGCGCCCAGGCGUCAACCACGACGGCGCACGGCAAAGUACAGGCGGCUCCGGGGGCGAACAACCCCCAGCCGCAAGGUAAGAAAAAAUGCACCGGAUCGGGAAGCGAUGGCGACUACCAGCUGGUGCAGCACGAGGUGCUGUACUCGAUGACCAACCAGUACGAGGUGCUCGAGUUCCUAGGACGCGGCACCUUCGGUCAGGUGGUCAAAUGCUGGAAAAAGGGCACCAACGAGAUCGUCGCCAUUAAAAUAUUGAAAAACCACCCGUCGUACGCGCGACAGGGACAAAUCGAGGUCAGCAUCUUGUCCAGGCUAAGCCAGGAAAAUGCGGACGAAUUCAAUUUCGUACGCGCGUACGAGUGCUUCCAGCACAAGAACCACACGUGUCUCGUGUUCGAGAUGCUGGAGCAGAACCUCUACGACUUCUUGAAACAGAACAAGUUCAGUCCGUUGCCGCUCAAGUACAUCAGGCCGAUUCUGCAGCAGGUCUUGACCGCGUUGCUCAAACUCAAGCAACUUGGUCUGAUCCAUGCGGAUUUGAAGCCGGAGAACAUAAUGUUGGUCGAUCCGGUACGGCAGCCGUACCGCGUGAAGGUAAUCGAUUUUGGGAGCGCGUCUCACGUCAGCAAAGCUGUGUGCAACACGUACCUUCAAUCGAGAUACUAUCGCGCCCCCGAAAUCAUCCUCGGUCUGCCUUUUUGCGAGGCCAUAGAUAUGUGGUCACUUGGCUGCGUUGUGGCCGAGCUUUUCUUAGGAUGGCCACUCUAUCCGGGAUCAUCCGAGUACGACCAGAUAAGGUAUAUAAGUCAAACGCAGGGUCUCCCAACGGAGCACAUGUUGAAUAAUGCGUCCAAGACAACUAAAUUUUUCUAUCGUGACAUGGACAGCACUUAUCCAUUCUGGCGUCUUAAAACACCCGAAGAACACGAAGCAGAGACCGGUAUUAAAUCGAAAGAGGCACGGAAAUACAUCUUCAACUGUCUCGACGACAUUGGCCAAGUCAAUGUACCAACCGACUUGGAGGGCGGACAAUUAUUGGCCGAAAAGGUGGAUCGUAAGGAGUUUAUCGACCUGCUCAAGAGGAUGCUCACUAUGGACCAGGUAGAACGACGUACGACUCCAGGUGAGGCUCUCAAUCAUCCGUUCGUGCGAUUGGCCCACUUGGUGGACUAUGCCCAUUGCAACAACGUUAAGGCCAGCGUUCAAAUGAUGGAAGUGUGCCGCAGAAACGACUACAGCACCCCCACGGCAGGUUCACACCAUCAACCGGCCCAGCAGGCACCUUCGUUGGUCGCUAACUUCGUACCAAACUCUAACGGAAACGUCACCUUCACCAUCAACAACCAACUGACCAACCAAGUCCAGAGACUUGUCAGAGAUCGCUCCGGCUAUGACAACCUGUAUCAAAUUUACAACGGCCGGACGGUUGGUAGACAAUACGCCACCGCUAGCAGGGCGGAUCCGUUCCAGCAUCAGCUGGUGUCCAGCAUACUGUGCCCCGCGGGCUAUCAAGGCAUGGGCGGUUCACCGGCCAAGCACGUGACGGUGGUGCAACAGCCUCCGUUGCAGAUCCAACCGCCGAUUCUGAGUCAGCCCGGACAGCAGCAGUACGUGCCGGUCAGCGUGGUGGAACCCACGGGAAGGCAGAUGCUGUUGACGAACGCUGUGCAAACUUCGUGGCCCACGAACCGACAACAAAUGGCGAUCGUACCAUCUUGGCAGCAGAUACCUCCCCAACACGCCGCCAUUCAACAACCUCUUUUGUCGGAGGCCGAGUGGGGCCGCCCCCUGUUGGUCGAUUCGUCCGCGAUACUGCAGGAACAGCGACCGGUCUUCCCGGUCGAUGUGACCGCAGAGGUUUAUAAUCAAGCCAUUGUGGAACAUCCAGCACCCGGAAACUGGGGCGCGCCGACCAGCAAACGUGGUUCCAAAAACCAUCACGUGGGACAAUCCGGUUCGCACCACAACCACCAUCUGAUGGUGCCGACCCACCAUCGAUCGCAUCAUGACAAGAAAGAGCAGACACAGCUGAGUCCGGUGAAGAAACGCGUGAAGGAGGGCACGCCGCCUUCGGAGCAAUUGUCGUAUGGUGGAGGUGGUGGUAGAAGGAACCACAGUCCCGGUGGAGGACACUGGCAACAUCAACAACAAGUGACACAAGACCACCACACACAGACCACAAACCACCACGGUCACGGCCACCACCACCACCAUCAUCACCAUCAUGGUAACAGCAGCGGUCGUCAGCAUACGAUUACCAUCAACGACACUCCCUCUCCCGCAGUCUCCGUCAUCACGAUAUCUGACAGCGAGGACGAAACGGGUGAAAAGGCGGCCAAUAGAAACAACGCGGCUCAGCACCAGGUCCACAACCAACAGCCUAACGGCCAGCAACCUAGGAAGAACGUCAUCAGUUGCGUUAGCGUGCCGGACAGCGAUGAAGACAGGAGUUCCUCAAAACACUUCAUUCAGCAGCAGAUCAAGAACGAGCCGUGCACGAUGAGUACGAGCGGCAGCAACAGUAGCACCGGCACGAAUUACGCGUCGCAAAAGAAACGGUUGCUCGCCAAGGCGCAAUCGGAGUGCAUGAUGAACGUGACGACGAAACAGGAACCGGGAUGCGGCGACUAUCACCGAUCAGAUUACGCCGCCGCGCCCCAGCAGCACUGUGGAUCAGCCUGCAAGGAACCCGGUCCUCCUGUACACUCUCAACAGCAGUAUCAGUAUGGAGUGCCGGAACAGCAACAGCAACAGUAUGGCAACAGCAAUGCGGAGAAGAGGGUGUCGUGGGCACCUCCCGCUGCCCACAACGGGUCUUCUGGACAUUCGCGACGGCACUCCACAGUGCCAGCGGUGAGUCUGACUCCUCCGAUUGCACACAGCACUAGAGACAGUUUGGCUGUGUCGCGGGAUCAACAUCUCCUGGCGCCUGGAAAAGGUUGGGGUCCUCCACAAGGUAUCCAUCAUCAAACUUACAGACACAGCAGCGCCCAUCUGUCGCCGCAGCCGCUGGGUGGAGCGCCCAGGCUCUCGCCCCAGCAUCCACUAGCCGCGGCCGCCGGCCAGCCGCUCUAUCACCAAUCGGCGGCCGAGCUCUAUCGUCGACCGGUCUACGUGACCACCACGCAGCCGGCUUAUUUGCCGGCAACGGUGCCCCAACCUGGUAGGGCGCUGCCGCCGCCUCCGGCUCACCACUCUAGCGCCCGGCCGGUCCUGGCCAGCCACCCGAGUCACCCACCGCUGCCGGCUCACCUGCAAUUCCCGUCGCACGCCCAGGUGGCCGCCGCCGCGUCUUACGGGUUCGCCCCUCUAAGUCCGGCCAAAAGCCACCAGUAUCAACAGGCUAGUCUGUGGUUCGCCGAAUAACCGACGCCCCGCGUCGUCGCAGGCCCCGCCUGCUGUCUGACGCGGCGCACGCGCGGCUUGAAACAUCGACCGGAACACGGAUAAAUUGUGUGAUGUUUUUUUCGUUUUUGUAAUGCAAGGUAAGGUUGCGGACUUAUUGAGUCUGACCCAAGAAACUGUUGACGUGUCCACGAACUGGUGCAAUACCCGAAAACUGACGUAAUAUUUCCUUAUGCCUUACCAUGUAACCCUCCUGGCGAGGGAUUGUUUUGUGCACUGUAGUUUUAUCGUCAUGCCAAACUUGCACACGUCAUCCGACAUCUACGAGUGCAAUCAAAUGAAAUUAACCCAUUAAUUUCUGGUUCUGUAAAUAGUUAUGUAACUUUUUUAAGUUAUUAAGUUUGAUUUGUGUAUAAGUGAUAAUAGAAUGUAAGAACUAUUUUAUUGUAUCGUUUAUCGUGAUUCGUAAUUAAUUGGUGUUACCGCUUAAGUUCGAUUGAAAUUUCAAGGUUCGUUUAUUAGGUGGUUUACAUUUUAAUCGUAAAGUAUUUUUCAAUGAGUUUCUUUAUUUUUGGUGUUUGUGGUAAACGUCCUAAGUACAUGUUAAUCUCAAUUAUUUUAUUUAUUAUAAACACUAAACAAUUCUUUAUUAUAUACUGCCUUCAUAUCAUAUUCGAUUGCCUAUAUGCAAUCAAUAUAAUUUAGUCAUUCUUUAUUUUUAUGCUUAUGUAUCUAUUGUAGAGUUUUUAAAUUACUUUUAAUUUUCUAUCUGUGUAUAUAUUUCUAGUUUUAAAAAUUCGUGACGCUCUUGGGGCACGAUACAAGUUAACUUUGAAUUAUUCUCAUUUUAAUGCUAGCGUUUAUACAAAAUGCAUUUUCAAGUAGAUAAUCUUUUACUAUAUGUAUAUUUUGUUUUUGGCUUUGGUAUAUGGAAUACCAGGAGUUUAGAGAUGAAUAGAUGUUUUUUCUUUUUGUAAGGGAAGAAGUUAAGGUUAAAAUUUGCUCGUGGGCUGCGUACAAGAUAAACAAAAAAUGGAACGAGCAAAUUCUGUAUUAUAAAUGUCAUAGUUUUCUAUAACUAGUCAAGUAGUAACUCAAAAUGACUUUCGUUGUGUUAAUUGUCCAAAUUCGUACAGAGUAUUUUUCAUUUUGGAAGAUUCUUCGAUAAUGCCGUAUCGUAGUCUUGUUUUAGUUUAGUUUUCCAAGUUGUCUACGUUAUAAUUAUUAGGGUAUACAUUUUUAUUAACCAAUUAUUUUUUUUUGUUUUUUUUUAAUUUAAUAAUAAGUUUCUUUCAUGAACAUAUUGUUCAUUCAUUCGCUUUAUAGAUCUUAAGGUUUUUUUGAACAACAAAGUUUGUUUAAGUAUGUUGCAAUUUAUAUUGUAACAUAGGUUUAUUAUUAUUAAAUAUUAUUCAAAACUAGGUCUGUAAAUAAUCAAUUAACCAGCACUAAUAUAGAAAGUCACAAUAUUGUGAAGACAAAGUUUAAUAAUAGUAAUCUUUCAAAACGGAAUCAACACACUCGUUUUGCCAAUUUGUGCUCUUAACACAGACGAUCAUCAAUUUGUCGACAAAAAUUAACAAAGUGAGUUGAUUGGUGUGUUUAAAAACAAUUUGAUGUGCCUGUAAAGAAUUAUAAAUCUUUUCUGUCUGUGGCUCUAUGUUUGACGUACAUGUACUAUUUAAUAACAAAGAUUAAUCGCACUAAAUGUCUAAAUGUUCCACAGGGAUAUGCGUCAAUAGAGUUACGGUAAAUAUAGUUGUGAUAUUUAAUAAAAAGAAAGUUAUAAUCAUUUUAAUUGUAUAUAACGUAUUCGCCUAAAAAGACGCGGUCUGAUCAACAAAAAAAUAAUUACGAUGGAUAAUUUAUCACUUUCUGGAUGCACGAAUACAAAACAAAAAUAUUCUGUUAAGGAAACAGUAAUAAUGUUAUUUAACUAAAGAGACUCGUGGUUAAUUUUUUGUUGUAGGUGCGUUAAGAGCGGGAAAAACAGGCGGUAAAUUGAUAAUGACCGCUCCGGGAUUCCCCGAGAUAUUUUAUCUAGAUAGAUGGUACUAUACCUUUAAAACUCUAGGUGUUAGAGUAUUCGUGGUAGAUGUACAAAAUAUAUAAGAAUAUUUUUGGAUUAUUGAUUAGAUUAGACAUUUUCGGGUAAAAAUAUAUUACUAAAAAAUAAAAUAUUCACUGUAUCAAAUUAAUCAGGUGUUUUCGCGCUUUAUAUGUAAGGUCUUCUAUGAAAAAAAAAUGCUGUCCAAAAUAAUUAUGCAUGUUGAUGUUUUUAGAGACGUUUUUCGAAAACCCCCACAUGUUUUGAAUUUAGUUCCUUUCUCACUUAAUUUUACUUGAAAUCAACAUAAUUGUACAUAUUUAUUUUAAAGUUGAUAUAAAGAUCUUUUUUCUGUGAUCACUCAAAAUUUGUAAUUGUUUUGUAAAUAUAUAUCAUUGUUUCAUAUGUUUUAUAUAUUUGAUCAAACAUAUUUAAGCAGAAAUGCAGACAAACUAAAAUCUUUGCUUCUCUAUAUAUCCGAUAAUUGACCAAACUAAUUAAUUGUUUGAUCAAAUAAAUAAGCAAUGUUAAUUAAAUAAGGCUAGUUUUAAAUAUAUAUAUCGCCUUAAUAUCAGAACAAUAUUCUUAGUGACUAGAUUUAUUGAGGAUAAAACACAGUCCUUAUUGCCUGGUAAAAGUUUAGAUGUUCGUAUUUUGCUCUGGUUUUAUUCAAUAUUGUAUGUUGCACAGGGUGAAUAUUAUUAAAUUAAAUAUUAUAAACAGCGAAUUAAAGAGUAGUUGCCAAAAAAAUAAAAAUUAAUAUUAACAUAGACUCAUCGAAACACUUUUGCUUUUUCAUUAUAAUUUCUUGUUUACGUUUUAAUUACUUUAAAAAAAGACUGGCCUAUUUUACGACUAUAUUUUAAUUUUUAUCUAAUCAUACAGUAUUAAAAUAAAUGCUUAAUUUCGCUUAAAACGAUGUGAUACAUUUAAAUUGUUGCAAGCCAACAAUAUAUCAAAAUAAUUAGCACAAUAAUGGAUUACCUCAUAGUAAGAUUAGCCGAUCUCUCCCCCUUAAGAAAAAACACUUGACACAGUUUAAACGUAUCCCUAAAAACACACAGUUGAUCCAUCUACAAAUGUUCUUUGCUGAUUUUUGUUUGUUCGUUUUCCUAUUUCGAAAUUUUCGCGCUUCAAUUAACGCCUAUAAUCGAUAGUUUUUGACCGGGCCGUUUCGCACGUUCUGUCCGAUUAUUGCGCAUUACCCCCAAGUUUUAUCUUCGAUCCCAAUUGUACAGCUGCAGGACGGUUGUGUUAUAUAACAAAUAGAACACGUAAAUACAUGUUUUUGUGCUUUUGGACAGAAUAGCGGGGACGGUUCAUAAAAUAUUGACAAGUUGGAUAAUAAUUUGUAGUGGGUUUAGGUGUAAUAUAUUUGAAUAUGAUGCAUUAUUUGUGUAUAUAUUAUAUUAUGGGUUGGUUUUUUUUUGUAUAAGUUACCAUAUAUUUAUAUUCGAUUAGAAAACGCUUAAAAGGUUGUAGAUUUUGUUCUGUUCUGCUAUUGUUAGAUCAAAUAAAGAAAAAUUAUUCCAAUAUCAAAAGUACUAUAUAUUAUAUAUUAUAAUAUAAAAAAUCAAUAAUCACUUCCGUAUAAUAAUACAUAAGGGUUUUUACUAUUGAUCUAAAGGCUGCACUACAGAAUAGAUUUAGGCGGAUCCGGGACAUUACCAUCGAUCGUGUUUACACCAAAUUGCAGUGGUCGAUUGUAAUGUCCUGAUCCGUUUUAGUAGUUUUACUAUUAUAUUAUUAGUGUUAUACACAAGACUGGUGUAGUAUCAUGUCAAUAUAUAGCUAAUUAGAGGUGUAAAACCAAUAAAUGGUGAUAGGCUAUAGUUAUUAAUGUAUAUUAACGUUUAAGUAACCAUGGAUUGCCGGAUUUUUGUUGGUGUUUAUCUUUAAGCAUUUUUCGGUGCGCCGGUGGUCUUCUCGAACGUCUCUUAUCAUGACAAUGCGAAAUUAACAAAAUGAUGUAAAGUACAAACAAAUCCCUUGAGUGUUUGUUGAAUUGAAUUGUAGAUAGAAAUAUAUUUAUUGAAUGUAAAUAGCAGAUUUAGUAUCCUGUCAUUGUUUAUAAGAUAAUAAUAAAUUAAUCGUAUUGUGUUUGUUCCAAUUAAAAUAUGCACUUUGCAAUGUUCCAAGUGGAUCCUGCCUUAGUAAGUAACAAAUUUUUGUGUGUAUAUACUUUAUACUUUAUGCAAUGUAAGAGGAGUUCGUAAAGUCGACUGGUGACAAGUUCAUUUAAUAAUAAUGGGUGAUUAAUUAUAUUUCUUUAAGUACAAAAACAAUUAAAAAAAAUGGUUACAUUUUAUACUAAAAAUGAAAGUAACACUGCUGUUUUUUAUCUUAGGCAUAUAGUGUAUGUCAGUCAUAAUAUAUAGCUGUUUGCAAUAAAGAUAUGUAGUUAAACAAAUGUUUUGAAAAAUAUAUUUGCACAUGUUUUCCCUUUAAUGUUAGGACAAUCGUAGUUUCAGAAUUUUAUGGAGUCGUUUUUGUGAAAUUUCCCCCUAGCGAGAAACGUUUCACAAAUACGUUAGUUUUCGAAUUUUUAAAGAAUCAAAUUUAUAUGCUUCUAAAACAUUUACUCCACUCCUAGAGCAAUUAGAGAAAUUUUCAUGAAAAACUAUCGGAUUGGUCCUUAAUAAGGUUAUUUUUGGUAUACUGCUAAUGGUAACAGCCGAUUUAUUAGCAUAUCAGCAUAUCAUUUAAUUAUUUUUUAAAUAAAAAUCUGAUGAACCUUCCCUACAAAUUACCCAAACAAUUAAAAUAAUUGCACAAUUUUUCGGGCUGAAUCUUUGACACUCCAGAAGUGUAAAUUGUGGGGAAACCAUAUUAAAAAUUGUGUUAAUCUGUGGUAACUCUAAAACAUUAGCAGGGUACGGAAAUUUUGUGAUUAUUUGUAAAACGUCCAUGUAUCUGGAUGCCUGUGAAAACAGUUUAUUUAAAAUACGAAUAAAUUGGGUAAUUCAGAACGACACGUUCUAAAUUUUCGACUGUAUUACUGACUGCAUUGACUAACCUGCCACAAAAAAACUGUUAGUUGGACCAAAUAAUAAAAUACACUGUGCCCGACUUCCAUAUAAUUUCCCUUGGAAAAUUUGAAAAAAAAAAUCACAAAAAAAUCCGAUUACUUUUACAACAAAUCAAAUUCCUGUUUUGGUUAUUAAUUAAUAGGUUAAUCUAAUCAGUGUCGGGCGCGGGAUGUAUUAAAAAGUUUUUAAUAUUUCGUACAAAUAAUUUGUUUCAACAUUGUUAACUUAGAUAUUAUGUGAUUUUGGCCUGAAAAACCUAUGUAAACUUAAUGUAAUAUAGAUAUUUGCAUGUAACAUAGAUUUAUAACUGUAAAAGCUUGCAUAGAAAAUUUAUUACAUAUUUUAGUAUGUUUUCUCUAUAAUGAAUUAAUGUUGCCUUUUUGUCAAAACCAUCUUUGUGGGUGCGAAACCUCUAACGCUUUAGUCGCUGGAAGUUUCCGCAUUAAUAAAGUCUACUCAAGGCUUAAA